UGGACGAGGAAAUCCGCUCUGGCGUUUUAAAUAGAAUACUUGGCAGUCGCACUGCGGUCACACUACUUGUUCUCAAAAGUGUAAAUUCUGGAAAAUAACACGGAUACUAUCGGCGAUGAACAAAGAUCCCUACCGAGGCGGAGGCGGAGUCGGAGGAGGGGGCGGAGGCGGUGGCCACCAGGACGGGAGCGGAGCGGCAGGCGUGUCCAUCAGCAUCGAGAGCGACGACAAUGAGUCAACUACUGCGGAACACGACUACCUGCUACCCGCCUCCUCCUCGUCGAUGACCUCUGCAGGGGGCGGUGGCGGAGUUGGUGGGGGAAUGGCCAACACCAGCAUCAGCCUGGAUCACGGCCCGGUGCCCACGGCGCGCAGCAGCAGCCUGAGUGGUGCUGCCUCCCGCCACGGUAACAUCCUGUCCUCCUUCCUGGCCCGCCAGCGAUCGUACACACCGGCCAGCAACAGCAGCUCGCCAGUACGGGCGACAACACAGAUGAACCGUCGGCUGCAACAGUCCCGCAGCAUGAGCGCCAAUGCUGGCAGCUUGGAGGAGCCGCCCAUCGGAGGAGGAGCUGACCCUGGAGCUGUCCCAGGAGCUUCACCCGGUACAGCAGCUAGUGUGCGACAGCUGGGCUUUUGGCGUGUCAACCUCAACGACGUCUUCUCGCUUUCCACGGCACCGUCCACGGAGGCUCUGCGCUCCUUUAUCACACAUUCCAACUUCAGGUAUCCGGCCGCAGCGGCUGCUGCAGCUGCAGUGGCAGCUACAUCGCCUGCCGUUCCAUUUCGAGCCGCUGUUCCCGAGGACAACGCACACAUACUGCUCGGCCAGCAGCAACAGCCUGUGUCGGAGCCCGUCAGUUCACCGCUUCGCUUUGGCCGCGUGGGAACGGGAGCUGCAGCGGGACCCAGCGCAGCUAUGGGCAGGAGCAUCUCCCUGCGCGAGGGAGAGAUGCGGCACAAUCACCACGGCCUUAAUGGGAGCCGGCACAAUGCCAGCGUCAUUGGACUACACAGCAAUCCGGUGGCAUUUGAGGAAAACGAGGCAAAUAAUAGCCUGGAACUUGGCAACGGCGAUGGCAGUGGUAGUGAGAACGGAGGAGGCGGCGGGAACAUCGGAGCGGGAGCCAAUGGCCCGCCUGAGCCCCAUGAGCAUCAGGCUGAGGACGAGCAUCUCAUUUCCGACGACAUGGUAGUGCAGAUCCUAAGCCACUUUGUGCGCUAUCUGCCGCUGAUCUUUAUACUGCUCAUCAAGUUCAUACACGACCAUCUUCUGGGCAUUGUGGAUCUCCUGGUCCUUCAAACGGUGAUGUACAAUGUGAACCGAUCGGUGCGGAACCAGGUGGCCCGACUUGCUCAAAAGAACUACGCUGUCAUGGUGAGGGACGCCUGCCUGAUUGCAGUGGUGGUCACGGUUCGUCUGUUCCUGGCCGGUGCUCCGCCGAAUCCAUUCGGUCUAAUUGUGCCGCCACCCAGGGAUUACUUUAGAGGGGAUGCCACCACAAGGCCUUUCCACACGGGGCUCUCCAAUGUAGGAGACGAGCUGCCGGACGGUCCCACAUCGUCAUCGUCUUCAUCGGCAGAUAAUAACAAUAAGAAUCUGGUGAUUCCCCUAGGCAUGAUGCUCUACUACAUUGCUGUGAGCGAUCUCAUCCUCAAGCUGCUUACUAUGCUGAUAAAACUGGGAAUCACCAUGUUGCCGCAUCCCCUAAUGCGCCUCAAAGUGCGGGCCCGACUUUAUGUGCUGGUGGAGUACAUUUCGCAGUUCUACCGGGCCACGGCACCCAUUACCCAAUGGUUCCUGUUUCUCUACGAGUCCUAUUCGGGCCUGGAGGUGGUGUCCGGUGGCCUAUUUUCCGCCCUGUAUCUGGGCGCCAAGGUCUUCGAGCUGGUGGAGCGCGGCAAGUCGCUGCGCAAGGCGAUUGUGACAUUCAGGAAGAAUAUUGACUCUGAGCGGCCGCCGACCAAAGACGAACUGGAUGCCGCGGGCGCCCUGUGCCCCAUCUGCCAUGACGCCUUCAACACACCCAUCGUGCUGGAGUGCGGCCACAUCUUCUGUGAUGAGUGCGUGCAGACCUGGUUCAAGCGCGAGCAGACCUGCCCCAUGUGCCGAGCCAAGGUCAGCGACGAUCCCGCCUGGCAGGACGGCAGCACCACCUUCUUCCAUCAGUUGUACUAGCUCAGCACCCCGAAAGAAUUGAAAUUUCCACGGAUGAUUUCGCGUGUACAUAUAGUCGGAGCUAACAUUUUUGUUUAAUUAAGCUGACAGUUAUUAAUUAUAUUACUAAAAAGACAAA